AUGAAUGUCGAAGACGUCAACAAACUUAAAAAUGAUUUCAAUAAAGCAAUUGCAGGUGGCAGAGAACCUGCUGUAAUAGACAUCCUUAAAAAGCUAAAAGCGGAAGUUAAAGCUACCAAGGAUUUAUUGAAGAAAACUGAAAUUGGAGUUUACGUCAACAAACAAAAAGCACACACAAAUCCAAGCAUUGCCAAUCUUGCCAAAGAAAUUGUGAAAAAGUGGCGAACCGACGUCCAAAAUGACGAAAAAGCAAAGAAAAAUAAAACUAAUGAAGUUCGUCAAGUGAAUGGUGUGCCACCAAAAAAACCAGUUACCAAUAAACCAAAUACUAAUGGUUCUUCGAGCCCCGUUCAGCCAUACAAAAUUCAAAGAUCUAAUUCUCAAAGCUCUACCGCUCCAACUCCGGCCACCUCAUUACCGGAUACGCCUUAUUCAGAGAAUGGCGGUGGUGGCGAAAGGAAUUUCAAUGCAGAUGGUGUCAGAGUUGACCAGUCUAUUGACAAAAAACGCAUUAAGAUGGUUGAGAUUUUGUACAAUGCUCUUGUUUUUGAUUCUUUUGCUGAUUCUUCGACAAUCAUUUUAAAAGCGACUGAAAUUGAGGAACAAGUGUACAGGCAAUUCAAUAAUAUGGAGAAAGAAUACCGUGAGAAGUUACGAGGCUUGAUAUUCAAUUUAAAGGAUCGUUCGAAUCCUGGAUUAAGACAUAGCGUCGUGAAGGGUGAACUGACAGUUCAAAGACUGUGCACCAUGUCAAAACAGGAAAUGGCAUCGGAAGAAAAAAAAGCUCGAGAUGCCCAAAUACGAGAACAGCUUCUUUUCCAAGCCCGUGGUGCAGGUCAACAAGAAGCUGAAACUGACGCUUUCAGCACAGAUUUGCAAGAAUUAUUCUAA